GAAAUCCAUGACUUAUUUAAAGAUUAUGAAAUCAAAUACUGUUACGUGGACAGAAAUAAAAGAACAGCGUAUCUCUUUCUGUGAUGGAACUUGUUCUGGUGGCUGCGCGGCGAGCAGGCUCAGAGCGCCAUCCGGAGGUUCCACCAGCACCCGCUGCGGGGCAGGGAGCUCUCCGUGCAGCUGCAGCCCACAGAUGCCUUGCUCUGCAUCACCAACCUCCCCGUCUCCCUCACCUUAGAAGAGUUUGAAGAACUGGUGCGUGCCUAUGGCAACGUGGAGAGGUGUUUUUUGGUGUACAGUGAAGUUACUGGCCACUCCAAGGGCUAUGGCUUUGUGGAGUACAUGAAGAAGGACUCUGCUGCCAAGGCGAGGCUGGAACUCCUGGGGAAACAGAUGGAGGAGAACACUCUCUUUGCACAGUGGAUGGAUGUCAACCAGCUGACGACAAAUCUUAUUCACUCCAAGUGCCUUUGUGUAGAUAAAUUGCAAAAAGACUGUGCUGAUUCAAAAGAACUCAUCCAGGCUUUCUCACUAAAGUAUAAACCUGUUUUCUGCCAGUUUGCUCAGGAUGAAGACAGUGGUAUGGGUGACUUUGCGGUGGUGGAGUAUGAAACUGCAGAGCAGGCUGAGAAGGUCCAAGAAGCCACUGAUGGCAUGGCUGUCAAAGGGAGGAGAAUCCAGGUGUCCUACUGUGCCCCGGGAGCGCCGGGCAGAAGCACCUUGGCAGCACUUAUAGCAGCACAGAGGAUGAUGAGGAACAACAGGAAAGGGCUGCUGCCAGAGCCCAAUCCAGUGCAGAUUAUGAAGAGUUUUAAUAACCCAGCCAUGUUGCAAAUGCUGCUGCAGCCCCAGUUGCGUGGACAUCCUGUUAAACCUGUUCUUGGAGGAUCUGCAGGUUUACCUCACCUUAUCAAUUCAGCAGUUGGCCCACCUUUUUUGCAGUUGAACAAAAUUCACCAGAGCUCCAUUCUGGGGAGUGCCUCUAACGUCCUGCUGCAGAGCCCUGCUCACCUGCCCCUGCCCCAGCAGCAGCUGGUGAAGAUGGAGAGCAUCCAGCCUAACAGUAAACCAAGUUUGCUGGGAGAACCUCCAACGAUGCUGCUCCAGACAGUCCUGGGAAUAGGGGUAAUGCCAGCAGCCAGUUCAGGGAUGGGAACCCGUGGAGAAGCUCUCAAGUCAUCUCCUCUGACUCCCGUUCCAGCGGCGGCGGCGGGGAUGGGCGUGCUGCCAUUCUUCCCAAAUCAGCACGUGGUUGGGCCAGCAGUGCCAGGGCAAAACAACCCUCCAGAGAAGCAGUCACCUGGGGAAGUGCUCGCCUCGGGAUCCCAGCCUUACCCCCAGACCUCAGCCAACCUGCCCGUGGGAGCUCUGCGGGCCGGGCACGCCAAGCAGCACAGCCAGCUCAGGGGUCCUGACCCCAGCCUGGGGACCCCCUUGAAGAAACAGACUUCACUGCUUGGAGAACCACCAAAAGAAAUACGGCUGAGUACCAACCCCUACUUGAAUUUGGCAAGUGUGUUGCCUGGUAUAUGUCUUCCAGCCAUUGCCAGCAAAGCCUCCAGUCCACAGCAGCAGGCUGGGCUUCCCAACAACGUGGUGGAUGCUGCUGUGUCUCAGGGACCAACGUCACAGCAUGCAGUGGAACAUUAUUUGAGUUACUCUCAGCAGCAUGGGGAGUACACCCAGGUGGCCCCGCCGCGCAGCGAGAAGCGCAGCUCCUCGUACCUG